AUGAAAGCCUACCCACUUGAGUUUGACCCUGUGAACCUGCGCUAUCCAUGCAAGCGGGGCAAUGUGACUGUGCAGCCUUCUCCCAGGAUUCCACUUGGGGCAGCUGCCAAUAUUUCCUGCUCUCUGAAGCUCAGACACAUCUGCUCACCUCAUACCAGUUCUAACCAGUUAAUCCUCUUAAGGUCUGAUGAAAUAGUCCAUCUCCACCAUGGCGACUCCUUCACUUUUCAAGUCACCAACCUUUCCCUUGGUAUGACUUUAUUUGUCUGCAAGGUGGACUGUAGCAGAGGUUACAAACCCCCCGUGUGUGGGGUGGAGAUCUUCGUCGGUGUUGCUCCAGAGUCACCUCGAAACCUAUCAUGUGUCCAGAAAGGAGAAAAUGGGACAGUGACCUGCACCUGGGACCCUGGACGAGCUACUUAUCUAGAAACCAAUUACACUUUACAGUUAACUGGACCAAACAAUGUGACCCUUCAGGAACAAAACAGUUGUCGGAAUUGUAAUCGUUUGAGUCUUCGAUCCAAUCUAAGCCCCGAACUAGCUGAAGCCAAGUACACAGCCAGUGUCACUGCCACCAAUGACCUCGGAAACGCGUCUUCACUUCCAUUUCCAGUCACAUUUUUGGACAUAGUGAGGCCUCUUCCUCCGUGGGACAUCAGAAUCGACUUUCUAAAUGCUUCUGGGAGCAGAUGUACACUGCAGUGGAAAGACGAGGGGCAAGUGGUGCUGAAUCGACUAAGAUACCGGCCUCUCAACAGCGAGUCCUGGAAGAUGGUUAAUGCUACCAAUGCCAAAGGAAGAUACGGCCUGCAAGAUCUGAGGCCAUUUACAGAAUAUGAAUUUCAGAUUUCCUCUAAGCUACAUCUCUCUAAAGGAAGCUGGGGUGAUUGGAGUGAGUCCCUGAAAACACGAACACCAGAGGAAGCACCUGUUGGCAAAUUAGACAUCUGGUACACGAAAGAGAACGUCGGCUUUAACAAACAACAGAUCUCUCUCUUCUGGAAGAGUCUGAGUCCAUCAGAGGCAAGGGGAGAAAUCACCUAUCAAGUGACCUUACAGGACAUGACAGAGAAAACUACACUGCAGAACACUACAAAAAACACCUCCUGGACCGGGGUCAUUUCUAGAAUCGGGGUGUGGACUGCAUCUGUGUCGGCAACCAACUCAAAAGGCACCUCUGCACCCACACGCAUUAACAUAGUGGACCUGUGCGGCACCGGGUCGCUGGCUCCUUACCAGGUGUCUUCAAAGUCAGAGAACAUGGACAAAAUUAUGGUGACCUGGAAGCCUCCCAGGAAAGAGGCUUCUGCCGUUCAGAGGUACACAGUAGCAUGGAGGGCUCUCCAACCAGAGGGCACCAUGGAGUUCCCCCUACACUGGCUGCGGGUACCCCCCAACAACAUGUCUGCUCUGAUUUCAGAGAACAUAAAGCCCUACACCUGUUACAAAAUCUGGGUGUAUGCCCUGUCAGAGGACCAAGGAGGGUGCAGCUCCAUGCGGGGUGACUCCAGGCACAAAGCACCACUGAGUGGCCCUCAUAUCACCACCAUCACAGAGGAAAAGGAAAGCCUUUUUAUUUCCUGGAACCCCAUCCCAGUCCAGGAGCAAAUGGGCUGCAUCCUCCAUUACAGACUAUACUGGAAAGAACGAGACUCUACUACACAGCCUGUGUACCACGAAAUUCCAUACAGACCCUCCCAAAACUCAUAUCCAAUAAGCAGCCUGCAGCCUGGGGUGGCAUAUGUUCUGUGGAUGACAGCUCUGACAGCUGCCGGUGAAAGUCCCCAAGGAAAUGAAAGGGAAUUUUGUCCACAGGGCAAAGCCAACUGGAAAGAAUUCGUGGGAUCAAGCAUUUGCAUCGCUAUCAUCAUAGUGGGCAUUUUCUCCAUCCGUUGCUUCCGGCAAAAGGUAUUUGCUUUCCUUUCUACUCUCAGGCCUCAGUGGUAUAGCAGAACCAUACCAGAUCCAGCAAAUAGCACUUGGGUAAAGAAGUAUCCCAUUGUGGAGGAGAAGACCCAGCUACCUAUGGACAGCCUGCUGAUGACCUGGACCACUCCUGAAGAGCCUGAGCCCCUGAUGAUCAAUGAGGUCCUUUACCAAAUGAUCCCAAUCACCAGACAACCCUAUUGCUCCAAAAGAGGACAAGGGUUCCAAGGUUACUCUACCUCCAAGGAAGACACAAUAUACAUUGCCUCAAGUCCACACCCUACAGGAACUCCCACAACUGAGACAAGACAACUAGUGAAUCUAUACAAGGUGCUGGGAAGCAGGGACACUAACUCCAAAUUGGACAACCUUACCAGCCCCUUGACAGUCACCCCAGUGGAAUACCUUCCCAGUCACGAAGGCUAUUUACCCUCCAACAUAGAAGACCUCUCUCCCCAGGAAGCUCCUUCAACUGAAUCUUUAGGCCUGGAACAUCAACACAUUCCUCUUUCCAUUUUUGCAUCAAGUGCUCUCCGCCCACUCACCUUCUGCGGGGAGAGGCUGACUCUAGAUCAGCUAAAGAUGGGGUAUGUCUCCCCCAUGAGUAAUGAGGCUUGAUAUCUAAAAGGUCAGUGCACUCCAUAAGUAAAAUAACAAGGGCAGCACAACACAUCAAUUUGCCCGGUCACUGCUCCAGUGGUGGUCAUCUCAGGCCUGUCUGUAGCUUCAGGACAGUGAGACAAAC